UCUUUUCUUCCGAUUGAAACAAAAGAUAGUAAGCUCACCCACUAAGCCUCACACAAACACAUUGUUGCAGAUCUAUCUUUACUUUCCUUCUCAAUUUCUUCCACUUUUAACAGUUUCUUUAAUGGCGAUGAAACACAGAAAACUGUUCCCAAUUGGAACUGAAACAAACCAGACUAUAGACUGCCCUGACUUCUGUGACCCAGCUUGUCCUUAUAAUUGCUAUCCUUACUCAGACUACUAUUUGCUACCCCCACCUCCACCACCUCCAUUCUUGCCCCAAGAACGUCACUUAUCACCAUAUGUGAUCAUCAUAGUUGCUUUGCUAGCCAGCUUCUUCCUUAUUGUUAGCUAUUAUGUUAUUGUGGCCAAGUCUUGUUCUGGUUGGUGUGGUUCCAGGAAUAACACGGAGCCCCAGGCUCAGGAAGAUGAUACAGAUGAAGAGUUUCUUGAUGAGAACCGGGUUGAUCACCCGAUAUGGUUCAUUACCACCAUCGGCUUGCAACAGUCAAUUAUAAAUUCAAUCACAGUUUGCAAGUACAAGAAGGGAGAGGGACUAAUUGAAGGCACUGAAUGCUCAGUUUGCUUGAGUGAAUUUCAACAAGAUGAAACUCUUAGGCUAUUGCCUAAGUGCAACCACGCCUUUCACAUCUCUUGUAUCGAUACUUGGUUGAGGUCUCACACUAAUUGCCCUUUGUGUCGUACACAUAUAAUCAAUGGUCCAGCUAGCACUCCCUUGAUUUCAGUGGGUCAGAACCACGAUAACUUGAAUCCAACUUUCAGUACCCAGGUGGAGAAUUCGGAUGUUGAUAGUGGAUUGGGUAAUAAUCAAGAGAGUAACGAACCUUGUGAAAACAGAGCUGGAACAGAGGAGGUAGGUGAAAUACUGCAGGUUGGUGAGGAAAGAACUUUGAAGGAUGAAGUAAAUUCUAAUGAUAUUGGUGAUCUCCAGGUACUUUGUAGCUCCGUUGAUAAAGACCAGGCUGAGGAUAAUGAUAUAAAGCUGCUGAGGAGGUCUUCUUCAAUGGAUUCUUUGAGAGCUACAACUAUGUGUAUUGGCCUGAAUGAUCAUAAGAACCUGGUUAAUCAGAUUGACAUUAAUGAGGAAAGAAAAUCAAAUAUGGUUUUGAAGCGAGAUGGUGGGUAUUCAAGCGUGUUUAAACUGACUGGUACCUCUUCCUUUUCACUAAGUCUUCAUAAAGGUCCUGUUUCCAUGAAAAGAUCAUUCUCGUGUGGGGGAAGGUUUUUCUCUUCGAGGCAAAACCCAAGCCUGAAGCCACUUCUUCCCUUGUAAAUUCAAAGACUUCGCUCUUUUUUGGUACGUAUUUUCAUAUGAGAUAUCUGCAAAACGGAGAUUUCUCUUGCACUCCAAAUAAGUUGGGGUUCUUGGAGAUAAAGAGGUGAGCUAGAAAAUGUCUCUACUUACAUAUUAAUAUGUUGAUAUGCACCUUGCUUCAGUGUUUCACGUUCUGAAGCAGAACUGGAAUAAGUUUCUAUAUCACAAAAAUUGUGAUUUAACUGAUGCCUUGAAGGAGAAGGUAUCACUUCCACCAUCAAGAACUUAUUAUGUACUGAGGGGAUGUAACUCUUGUUUCUGAAGAGAUGAGGUGAUAGAUCCGGUAUGCAAUCUUUUAAAUCUGUCUAUUUGACAAUAAUGGAUGUUUGCAAGUAUCACAGUGAUGUUUCAAGCUGAGAUACAUCUUACACAAAGAAACUAGCAAUAUCAAAAAGAGAGUUCUUGAGGAA